AUGAGUAUCAGCAAAGAGCUCAAGCCAAUGGAGACGACGGUCCAGAAGUUUGAAAAUGUCUCCGACGAAGAGAUGUCGACGAAGGCAGUCCCGCAGGGCGCAGCCAUGGGAACAGUGACCAUCACAGACAUGGAGGAUGUCUUUCUGAUCCCGGCGCCGAGCGCGGACCCUCGAGAUCCCCUGAACAUGACAAACCUCGGUCUCGUGUCCGGCUUCGGUGGACUCUUGACAUUCUACAUCCCCGGAUAUGCUGCGAAGGGCGCCGACUAUGCUGAUAUCACGGCACUGAUGACAUACCCCACUGUCUUUAUGGGUAUCGGCAAUCUUAUCUGCAUGCCACUGGCGCUGGCAGUUGGUCGUCGUCCAGUCUACCUCGGAUCUUUGCUCGUUUUGAUUGGAGGCGCUGUCCUGGCGGCGUAUUCGGAGGACUACAAUUGGCAUCUUGGGGCGAGAAUGAUUCUAGGGCUCGCUGCUGGCCAGAGUGAGGCUCUAGCUCCAAUGAUGAUCCAAGAAAUCCACUUCAUGCACGAACGUUCUACCUCCCUGAUGUGGCAAUCAGCCAUCCAGACCACGGUCGCCGCCGUGUACGUGAUCUGUGCCUCGCCCAUCGCAGGCGCAAUCGGUCCCGCAAACUGGUACAACGUGGGCGCCGGUAUCUGUGCCGCAGUCCUUGUGCUCUCUAUCCCAUGGGUACCUGAAAGCAGAUACACCCGCUCGCUAGAAUCCUACGGUCAGUUCUCGACUGACGAAGGAGGCGAAGGCAACGGCUCCCGCGCUACUGCCCCGGCGCCAGUCAAGAUCGCAGACAGGCCUGCGCUGGACUACGAGCGAUAUCUCCCGCGCACGUUCUGGUCAGACAUGCGCAUCUUCGUGGGCAAGCCCGACUGGCUGGAAGGCUGGUACGGCUUCAUCAACACGUUCCAGAUCCUGCUGUUUCCCAACGUCCUGUGGGCGUUCUGUUUGAAUGGACUCACGAUAGGCGUAAACAUUGCGAUUGGCACGACGUACGGUAACAUCGUCACCAAGGCACCCUACAACUGGCCCGACAGCGCUGCAUCCUACGUCAACGCCGGGCAGAUCAUCGUCGCCUUCGUCGCGCUCCCGCUCCUCGGCAACGGCUCCGACUUCAUCAUCAAGUGGCGAGCUCGACGCAACGGCGGCGUCCACGAGCCCGAAAACAGGCUCCUGCUUCUCGGAAUACCUAUAUCGGUGGGCGUCAUCGCAGCCGUCAUCUACGGACAGGCAGGCGCACAUCCAGAAAAGUACCACUGGUUCGCCAUCGUCUUCGCCAACGCGGGAUACUAUUUCGCGUUCGUGGGGGCCAAUAUCGCGGCCAUCACGUACCUGCUGGAUUCGUAUCCUGCUCGCGCCGGCCCUGUACUCGUCGUCAUUACGGCUUUCCGUGGGUUCGUGAGCUUUGGCGUCAGCUAUGGUGUUGCAAAGUUCAUCGAUGAUGCUGGAUAUGACGGGUCGUUCGGCACGUAUGGUGGACUCACUGCGUUGUUUGGUUUGCUAGGCAUCCCCGUAUUCUUGUAUGGGAAGAAGAUCCGUGCUUUUACUGGCAGGUACGCCAUGAAGGAGCGAUCUGGCGUGGCGUCGAUGUCGCGCUGA